GCGGCACUGGCAGCCAAUGGGCGGCCCCGGCAGCUCCACCACCGGCGCCCCCCGCCGGUCCGACCCGGGGGGGUCCUGCCCCGGCGGGACGGGACAGGAUAGGACAGAUCGUACUGUGCCGUGCCGGGAGCGGCAGCCCUCCGCCGAGCCGAGAGGAUGGGCUGAGCGGUGCGGAGUGAAGCGGGGCAGCGCCCGGCGGCAGGGGGUGUGCGGGCGCGACGGGCCCUAGGGGCAGCUCCCUCUUUGUCGGCUGCAGACUGCUGCGAUGAGCAGCGCGGGUCCCAGCCCGUCCUCCCCGCGCCGGGGCGGCAACCCUAUCUGGCAGCCCCUCGGCCCCGGGAGAGGGGCUUUGGACAUUCUGCGCUGCCCCUCUUGCCGCCUCCUCCUCUGGGAGCCGGUGACCGUGUCCUGCGGUCACUCUUUCUGCAAGUCGUGCCUCGGGGGGACCGUCCCCUCCCGCUGCCCUCUCUGCCUGGAGAAGUUGAAGCUGCUGGGCGUCGGAGCGGCGAGGUGCAACGUGGUGCUCUGCGGCCUCCUGGAGAAAUGCGUGGAGCAGGAGAGCCGGGUGGCCUGGCUGGUAGCACAGGUCCGGGACCGGGUCACCCGUGGGGACCUUCAGGAAGCGCUAAGGAUGGCUCAGAAGGGGCUCGAACUGGCCCCAGACUCCAGUUCCCUGCGGCUGUGCCGGGCAGAGGCAUUCGCAGCACUGGGGCAGCAUCCACAGGCGCUUGAGGACCUGGACACCUUGUGCAGGGCUGAGCCUGAAGAGAUCGAGGGAUUCUUCUGGAAAGGGAAGGUUCUCCUGGAGAUGGGAAAGAAAGAUGAAGCCUUGCUGGCAUGGGAGCACUGCCUGACACUCAAUCCUCAUUUCCACCCUGCUCAGAGAGAGAUGGAGAAGAUCCUCAAGCAAGAGGAUGCUCCUCAACCACACAUGGCUGCUGUGUGCCUGACUGAUACUCACUGGGACUCAAGUGGUCCUCAGGUGAAUGGAGGGAGUCCUGCUCUACCAUCAUCUUCCACACAAGCUCAGGAUCAGGAGGGAGAGCCAGCAGAUGGCAGAGGGGACGCAGGAUCUGAGCACGGCCAGGCGACAGCCGCCUUUUCCCAGCCAGGGCGAUGGCAGGAGUCAGAGACUUCAGCAGAGGGGCAGGGCCAGUGGUUGGUAGAGGAAACAGCAGCAGCAAAGUGGACACAGCUGUGCCUCGAGGAGCUGCUGAAUGUAUCUGACUUGGAGUGUUCCCUCUGCAUACGGAUGUUCUUCGAGCCCGUGACAACGCCAUGUGGGCACACCUUCUGCAGGGAGUGCCUGGAGCGCUGCCUGGACCACCGGCCCAACUGCCCCCUCUGCAAGCAGAGCCUGAGAGAGUACUUAAAGGCUGGAAACUACAGCCCCACUGUGCUGCUGCAGGACAUCAUGCUGGCCACCUUCCCUGCGCAGCUGGCCGAGCGCCGAGAGCUGCACCAGGCUGAAAUGGCAGAGCUCUCCAACCUGACCAGGAGCAUCCCCAUCUUCGUAUGCACCAUGUCCUUCCCAGGCAUCGCCUGCCCUCUGCACGUCUUCGAGCCUCGCUACCGCCUCAUGAUGCGGCGCUGCCAGGAGACCGGCACGCGGCGCUUCGGCAUGUGCAUCUAUGAGAACGGGAAGAGUUUUGCUGACUACGGCUGCAUGCUGGAGAUCCGGCAGAUGGAGCUGCUGCCGGACGGCAGGUCCUUGGUGGACACCAUCGGCAGACGGCGGUUCCGGGUGCUGCGCCGCGGACACAGGGAUGGCUACAACACUGCUGACAUCGAGUACCUGGAGGACAAGAAGGUGGCUGGGGAGGAGCUGCAGGAGCUGCAGUGCCUGCACGAAAGCACCUACCGCUUGGCUCAGCGGUUCUGUGAGCAUGGGGACCUUCCCUCCAGGCACGUUUUGAUGCAGCAUGGACCACUGCCAGAGAAGGAAGAGGACAUCCAGGCUUCAGCAGACGGCCCAACGUGGUGCUGGUGGCUCAUCUCCAUCCUGCCCCUUGACCCAUCCUACCAGCUGAACCUCUUCUCCACCACGUCCCUCCGUGCCCGCCUCAUACAGCUGCAGCGCAUCCUGGCCGCCCUGCUGCAGCAUCCCCCCGCCCGGCAUCCCCUACCUGAGCACAGCUCUCGGGGUCGUGUCUGAGCACCCCAGCCCCUGCCCUCUCUGCAGGGCAGGCCUCUACCCUCUUUUGUGUCUCUGUGUGUGUUGCUUCCUGGUUUUGCAUACGGUUUGAGCCGCCCCUGAGAGCAGCGUCAGCGGUGAGCUGAGCAGCUUCUGCCUGGCUCGAUGGGGCUGGUGCCACACCAGCAAUGACACUGCACCGUCCACGCUGCCUCUGGAAGCUGCUUGGUCACCUGGUUGUGCUGUGCCAUCGGAGGGAGGGCUGGGAUGGAAAGCUGGGCUGCGUCUUGGGAACCAAAGUUACUUGCUGAUCUGCUUUGGUGCUAAGGAGGACUGUCUUUAGGGCAGAGGACUGAGUGUCAGAAUCAGCUCUUCCUCUUCAAAGGGCACCGUAAGGUUUGUGGUAGGUGGUCCUGCACGGAGCAGCAGAUUUUCACACUUGGGAGAGGUGGUCUGAGAGGCAGAGAGGUCCCAAUGGGCUUCCCCCAGCCUUGGGAGCUGACAACUCUUCCUUCACUUCUUAGUUUGACUUCAUUUCUGUUUGAAAUUUAAACAAUCUGAUACUUGUGGUCCUGCUUUUAACCACCUCCAUGAGAUGCUGCUCUCUGGGUCUGAGCAUUCCUUUCCCACCUCUCUGGUGCUCUGAUGUGUUUGCUGUGCUGAGCUUAUCACCUACUUCCCUGCACCAGAGCCCUGCUGGAGGCUGCUGGUGACUUCCCAAUUUCUGGAUUCCCUGCCAUGAAGUGCUGUGGGAAGGGGAGGAUUUGGCAGCAUUGGUGCUUUUUCCCCCAUCCAAAGGCUGCUCUUCCCAAGCCUGGCUGGGUUCAGGUUGGACCUGGGGGCUCGAAGGAGCGUGAGAGAGUUGAGCCUGGAAGUGGCUUUGUGAGAAUUUCCACUCCUUAACAGUGCAAUUUUCCCAUACUUGGUGUUUCUUGUGAACUUCCUGCCUUCCCAGGAGAAAAUGGGAGUCUGAGCUGAGCCUGGAUCCUUGCACUUGGAAUCCAGAAGGGUUCAGGGUCCUCUAAAAGAGUGUGCAGAAUGGUGUCAGAAGGGAGCUGAACCUCCAGAGAGCCAGGGAGGUGGCAGGUCUGGUGCCCAAGGCUGUGAGCCCUAUGUCAUGGGAGCAAGUGCCUGUCUGCAAGUGCCUGUCUGCUGCCUAUCUCUAGACCUGGGGCAAAGAGGAUCUCCCUGGACAGCCCAGAUUGUCUGCCAUGGAAAUGCUGAAGGUUUGGGAUCAUCCAUAACCUCAGUGGCUUUUGGUUGAAUUUCAGGAGUGAUACUGACUUAGUGAGCUGUUGGAUUAACAUUGUUUCCAGGAUUUUAUCCCUGCUUUUCCCAAAGGCUCCACACCCCAUCUAGGAGCUCAGUGGGCUGUUGGAUGUGUGUGGGAAAGAACAGAUCAAGCUGGGGCUGCUUACUACUGGGCUGAGGCUGGGGCAGGAGGCUCUGGACACUGCUUGAGAGGAGUCUCUGCCCAAGGACUCCAUCUUUUCCUAUACUGCUCUCUCCAGGAGCAAAAGGACUUGGUCCUUCCUCCAGCAAAGCCUCCCUGGAGAAACACUCAAGGUGAGCUGAGGGCUUGCUCUGCAGGAACCACAGCGCAGGACAGCUGAGGACAGCUCCAAACCAGAUUUGCUCCUCUACUUUUGAGCCACAUCCUCUCCCAAUGGUGCUCUCUCUGCUCUCUGUGACUCCCCAAGGGGCUGUAUCCCCAGGAUACUGGUUUGGGCUGGGCAGGGGCAGAUGUUGGAGAGACAGCUUGCAGGCCUGAGCUGGGUGUGUGCAAGUGGUGGGAUGCCACUGAAGUUUGGAAAGUGCCUUUUUUUUUUUGCCACAGGAUCAAAGUGAACUCAUCCAGUGACCCCCCACUCCCAGCCACUCAGUUACCUCCUGAGUUGCCAGUUCAACAGGUAUGGGAACUCCCUGGGCCUUUGCAGGGGAGUGUCAUGGGGUGAUGCAGGGGAGAAACUCAGAUCUGCACCACAUCUGUGCUUGAGGAGAGCUGGAGAGCAGAGUUACAUCUGCCUGUCUGCUUUGGGAAGGGACUUGUGCAAAUGGCUCCAGGUUGCUUGGAGUGCCUUUGGGGUUUGCAUUUGUAUCUUUGCCCUUUGAAUUAAAUUUUCUUUCUGAUCACUGGAAGCACAAA